AUGAAAGAAAUUGGAUUAAAGAAGGAUGCAGUGAAUUUAGCAAUUGAACCUGAACUAAGCGAUCUCGAUACCGGUUGGGCAUGGGUUGUGUUGGUAGCCAGUUUCUACAGUUUUGCUCUAAUCGGAGGCUCCAUGUAUUCUGUGGGCAUCAUACACAGCGUCCUACUAGAACACUUUCAAGCUAGCGUCGUUCUUAUGGCUUGGGUUGGCGCCUUACACACUGGCAUUAUGUCACUUGGAGGUCUUCUUUCCACUGCGAUGACUGACCGGUUAAGUUGCAGGACGGCAAUCAUUUGCUCGGGACUUUUUUGCAGCGGCGGUUAUUUUGCAACUGCGUUUGUUCCAAGUGUAGAAGCUGCAGUUGUAACAUGUGGCAUUAUCGUUGGAAUCGGAGCUGCUCUUGGUUAUAACGCUGCUAUGGUUGUUGUUGGUUUUAUCUUUCGAAAACGCCGUAACCUUGCCCUUGAUAUUGCUGUUUCUGGCGUUGGCAUGCAAUCUAAUCUGGUCACUUUUGGAAUGCUCUGCUUUCCAAGUAAAUUAGAGAAUCAUUCCCAUACAUUGAGACAAAGAGACUCGGAGCGUUUAUCCAAAAGCGCAAAUGUCUUCAAAAGAAAAGUGAUGCCGUACUUUAAUGUUAUUCGCAAGAAAGGAAUAUUUUGUCUAUGCCUUAGUAUGUUUCUACUGUACUGUACUGGAUUAUACUUGUUAUUCUUGCAUUUGCCCCAAUACAUAACAACAAAAGGAUUUUCAGAAAAUCAGGCAGCUUAUUUAAUCUCAUUAUUAGGAAUAUUUACAACCCUUGGCCGCUUCCUGACCGGUGUAGUGGCUAACAUUCCAAACUGCAAUGAAAUCAUACUUUAUGCUGGGUCAAUGGCGAUAGUUUCCAUAGCAACGAUAGUGUAUCCAUUUAUUUCACAGCACUUUGCGGUUCAUUUGACAUAUACAAUAUUUCUGGGACUGUUUUUUGGUUCUUGUUAUGUUGUCUUGACGACUGCCUCACUGAAGUUUAUUGGAAUCAACUUCAUAGCUACCGCGAUUGGUCUCGAAUUUAUGAUUGGAGGAGUGGGGGCGAUCUUAGGACCCGUUUUUGCAGGUAGUUAA